AUGAUACAAUAUACACAGGCCGUGUUUAAAAACUAUAUGAACUCUUUUGAUGAUAAUGGGCCCUCGUGCUUUUCAAAUUAUAUCCAUUCUUUGGUAGGUGGUUUCAAGGAAGAAAACUCUUGUUAUUUCAACUAUACGCCACGUCUCGAAAAUAAUAGUAGUAAAUUUCCAGAUUAUCCAAAAGAAAAUUCUCAAUAA